AUGGAAUAUCCACUUAUUAUAGGGGGGUCGGGGUUUGUUGGGGAAUCUCUUGUUUCACAACUUGUCAAAGAAAAAACGUGCAAAAAAAUUACAGUUUUUGACAUAAAUAUUAAGGAUAAAGGGUUCACAUCAGUUAAUUACUAUAAAGGAGAUAUAUGUGAUAUUGAAAGAUUAAGAGAAGUGAUUCGUCAGAAUCAUUCGGAUGUAAUUUUUCAUAUGGCGAGUCCGAUUCAUGGACUAGGAAAAAAGAUUUAUGAAAAGGUGAAUGUUGAGGGUACGAAGCAGGUUAUCCGUGCAGCGCUAUAUGAGAAUGUGAAAGUUAUUAUAUACACUAGUAGUGCAGGGGUUGUUUUUAAUGGAAAAGAUUUGAUUAAUGUUGAUGAAACAAUGCCUAUUCCUAAGGGUACUAUGGAUGCGUAUAAUGAAACGAAAGCAGAAGCAGAACGGUUGAUUCUUGAAGCAAACGGAAAAAAUGGAUUAAUGACAGUAGCAAUAAGACCGUCGGGAAUUUUUGGCCCAGGAGAUGCACAACUUAUACCAGGGAUGAUUUCUGUUUUAAAAAAUCGUCAAACAAGAUUUAGAAUUGGAAAUAAUAUGAAUCUGUUUGAUUUUACGUAUGUGGAUAAUGUUGUUCAUGCACAUCUUCUUGCGUCUCAAAAGUUGUUUUCCCCGGAAGCAACAAAUAUUUCUGGACAAGCUUUUUUUAUUACUAAUGGAGAACCUAUUUAUUUUUGGGAUUUUCCAUCAACGGUAUGGGCUUAUUUGGGACACGUCCCAUCAAAUAUUAUUCACUUUCCAAGAUAUCUUGGAAUUAUUAUAGCAUUUAUUUUUGAAUUUUUUUCAUUUAUUACUCGAAAAGAACCAGACUUUACAAGAUUUCGAGUAAAGCUUAGUUGUGCAAAUCGCUAUUAUAACAUAAAUAAGGCAAGAAGACUUUUAGAUUAUUCACCAAUUGUGAACUUGGAUGAGGGAAUAAAACGUUCAUUAAAGUGGAUUGAAAGUAAAAAAAAUGGAUUAGGUUUAGAAUUAUGA